AUGUCUACUGUGUACACUGCGAAGAAACCCGCCCCUCCAGGGACCAGGACCCAGUCUGCCGGAGUCUUUUUCUCCCCGUCAUCUGACGACGAAGACAAGAGAGUCACGGAGACCAAAGGCGAUGUGGACUUCACUGUCGAUCCUGACGUUCCUCCUCUCGGCGUCCCCAGUGACGAGAAAAGAUUCUGGUGGCAGAGAACUCGCAACUAUGAUGGUUCCGCCAUUGCUACGCAGCCGUCGGUUUACGAUGACCCGGAGACGGCCAAGCACUAUCAACCCAGAGCCGACUGGGAAAAUCUUCAUCGCUUCGAUCCUUUAGCGAGGUGGACUUGGAACGAAGAAAACAAGCUCAUCCGGAAGAUUGACGUCCGGAUCAUGAUAUUUGCUUGCGUCAUGUUCAUGGCGCUUGAACUUGACCGUGCGAACAUUUCGCAGGCUGUGACCGAUAAUUUCCUUAAAGACCUUCAUCUAACUACCAAUGAUUUCAACCUGGGUAACACUGUGUUCAAGCUGUCCUUCCUCUGUGCUGAGCUCCCGUCCCAGCUCGUUUCGAAGUGGAUGGGCCCAGAUCGCUGGAUUCCAGCACAAAUAACGCUGUGGAGCGUCGUCUCCUUCAGUCAGUUUUGGCUCUCUGGAAGGACUUCAUUCCUCGUUUGCCGAGCUCUCUUGGCCAUCCUCCAGGGCGGCUUCAUUCCAGAUAUUAUCUUAUACCUUUCCUAUUUCUAUAAACACCAUGAAUUGUCGUUGAGACUCGGCUUCUUUUGGACGGCCAUGUCUAUUGCGGAUAUCAUUGCCGGCCUGCUCGCCGCUGGAAUUCUUCAUCUCCGCGGUGUUGGAGGGCGUGCGGGCUGGAGAUGGCUAUUUCUUCUCGAGGGACUGUUGACCUUUGUCAUCGGUAUUCUUGCUUUCGGGCUUAUGCCCCCUUCUCCAACUCAAACCUCCCACUGGUUUAGAGGAAAAAAGGGGUGGUUUACCGAGAGAGAGGAGAUUAUCAUGAUCAACCGCGUCAUCCGUGACGAUCCAAGCAAGGGCGACAUGCAUAACCGACAACCCAUCACACCCAGACUGCUCUGGAGGAGCUUGAAGGACUUCGAUCUGUGGCCGCUUUACGUCAUUGGAUUGUUGUGGAACGUUCCCUCCACGCCGCCAAGCCAGUACCUCACUCUCAUCCUCCGAGGGAUUGGAUUCGACACUUUCAGGACAAACUUGCUCACCAUCCCUACCGUGGUUCUACACAUGGGCACGAUGAUGGUGGUAACGUAUGUGGCCGAAAUCGUCGGGGAGCUUACUUUCAUGUCCAUGCUGGCUCAAGUGUGGCUGCUCCCCUUCCUGGUCUAUCUAUACGUGAAUGACAUUACAAAGAUCGAUCGCUGGGUAGCCUGGGGUGUUUUGACAGCUCUUCUCGCAUUUCCUUCUCCUCACCCAAUCCAGGUUGGCUGGAACUCACGCAACUCCAACACUGUCCGAUCCCGUACCGUCUCUGCAGCCGCAUACAACAUGAUGUGCCAGGCAGGCGGCAUCAUCGCGUCCAAUAUAUACCGCGCCGAUGAUGCGCCUCGCUAUAAGAGGGGUAACGGUAACCUAGUGGGUAUCGUCUCUGGGAAUAUUGCAAUUUACAUCCUCACCAAGGCCUACUACGUUUGGCGAAACAAGACGCGCGAGAGGAAGUGGAAUGCUAUGUCUCCCGAGCAGAAACGUCACUACCUUGAGACGACCACUGACCAGGGGAACAAGAGGCUCGAUUUCAGAUUUGCACACUAG